UUUACUGUAUAAAUGUUCCCUUCAACGUAUAGAACACGUCAUUAGUUUUUAAAUGGGAUUAUCUGUAGGUUCAUGAAUGAAUCAUUUUCCAGUAAAAACAUAACCUGAACAUAACAAUCCAUCUGACUGGAGUGUGUGUGUGUGCUGAAAUUUGUUGGAUAUAAUGCAAAAAAUAUAUUGUAAUAUGAUUACUAUAAUUAUGUCACAUAAGGGGUUUGUUUUCCUGAACCCUCUAUAUGAGAUUAACCUCGUUUUUUCUCUCCCUUCCCAAAGAUGGAGGCUAUAACAGAAGCGGCUUGAAUUUUGUGCCAUUCACUCCUUAUUCCAUUUUCUCUUUCAGCGCCUGUGACAGAUGGCGAGUCCCUCUCCCCCGGGGGGAAGCCAGUCUCUGUGAAUGCGGCCGCAUGUCAAUCACCGGCUCUCAUGUGAUGGCUCUUGCCAAUGACGUGCCAGCCAUAUGGGCCUGGCAUCAGAGCUGGUUGCUUGCCACAAUGUUGAGCCGUCUGUACAGCGAGGUGCUGCCGGACGUCCAGAGGCUCGCGGCUGACUGGGUGGAGGACACCGAGCGCGAGGACUGCAACCUGAAGGGCGACGAGCACGAUCCCUGUCAUCUCGGGGAUGAGGAUCUGGACGACCCUCAGGAAGGCAGCAGUCGAGCCGAGUCCGAGAUGGCCGGCGACGACGACGACGACGACGAUGACGACGAGCCCGAGGAGGACGAGUGCGGAGACCAGAACGACGGAGACAAACCCAAGAAGCGCGGCCCUAAGAAGCGCAAGAUGACACCGGCGCGCGCGGAGCGCUCCAAGGUGCGCCGCAUGAAGGCGAACGCGCGCGAGCGCACGCGCAUGCACGACUUGAAUUCUGCGCUGGACAAUCUGCGCAAGGUGGUGCCAUGCUAUUCCAAAACCCAGAAACUGUCCAAGAUCGAGACACUGAGGCUGGCCAAGAACUACAUUCUGGCUCUUGGAGAGAUUUUACGCAAUGGGAAACGUCCAGAUGUGGUGACCUAUGUGCAGAUGCUGUGUAAAGGCCUGUCACAGCCCACGACCAACCUUGUGGCAGGAUGCCUGCAGCUAAACACCAGGAACUUCCUGACUGAACCGUGUUCAGACGGAGCUCGCUUCCACAUGCCCAGCUCUCCUUUCUCCGUCCACCCUUACUCUUACCGCUGCUCCCGCAUUUCCAGCCCGCACUAUCAGCCCGGAACAGGUGCGCUCAAUUUGCGGGGCCAUUCCUACGGUUCUGGGUAUGAGACCGUGUACCCGCCGGGGGGGACAUCUCCUGACUACAGCAGUCCGGACUAUGAAGGCCAGCACAGUCCGCCUGUGUGCGUGAACGGCGGUGGCGGCGGCGGCGGCGGCCUGUCGGGGAGGCAGCAGGAGUCUACUGACACAGACAGGAACUAUCACUACUCUAUGCAUUACUCCGGACUCACCACGUCCAGACCCAGUCACAGCUUACCCUUUGGACCCUCGGGGGCGCGCAGUGGCGGAGCGCACUCAGAAAACAUUUCCCCUUUCCACGACGCGCAGUUGCACCACGAAAGGGCUCCUCCAUAUGAGGAUCUCAAUGCUUUUUUCCACAACUGAGCCCCUGUAACGAUCCUGGUCCAGGCUCACUGACCUUAUAGUGACAAUCCUAUUAUGUGUAAUAUUGUUUGGAGAAAAAAACAACGACAACAACAACAACAACAACAACAAAAACAAAAAAAAAAAAACCCAAGAGGAGAUGGAAGCGACUCAAAGAUUCCUCUGAUUACCUUCUGUAUUCCACUGAUGUCAUCAUCCCUAUACUGUUGUACAUCCUAUCAAAGUGUGUCCAGUAUAUUAUCAUGUAUGCAGAACGAAAUGACGUAAACGAUGUACAGGCCCACGAGGAAAAAAAACAAAAUGUUAUGACACAAACAACAGAAAUAAAAUGAAAAAAAGUGUUUUAUAAUUGUCUGA